AUGAAAUAUCACGUGCUUCUGUAUCUUCAUCACUCUGACUCAGUUACCUCAAAGUUUACCCUAGCAACCAUGGCGGAGGUAGACUCAGACAGCCAAAGUGAAGAUCGCCCGCCGAUUUACGAGUUUGAGGACCAGCAACUACUUGAUCUUGUGGAGGAACUCAGCCGUUCCAAUGCCGCUAUCAAAGCAGAGACAGAAGUGUUUGAGAGGUACUUCUCUCGGAUUGACCCCAAGGACCUGUUGCCACAGCCCUUGGCAGAGCAGCCUCUUCUUGGCCUGUCCGCACAGGAAUUUUCCCAGUUCCGAGGCCGGCGCAAGUCAAAGAGCCGCUCCAUGACAGCAGAGCGAUUGGUCCGGCUGACCGUGGAGCAGAAAUGCGAUGUUGCCCAGCGGGAGCUGGAGGAGAUGAGAGAUGCUCUGGAGAGACAGAAGGAGGGAUCCGAGCGAGUUCUCAGCAACUACAAGGCCACCGUAGAAGAAAGUGAAAUCCGAAUGUGUGAGUUGAAGAAAGCCUCAUACGAGUUUGACCGAGACAUCGGGAGAUCGAUGUUUGAGAGGAAGGGGGUCAUGAUGGGGGCGGAGAAAGUGAUACGCUACAUUGAGGACAAGUCCCGAACAAAGGAUACACUCAUAGAGAAACUGCGGCUCAAGAAAGCAGCCCUGAAGGUGCAGAAGAGGAAGCUGCAGAUGCAACUCAAGCAGAAAGAGGAGAUGGGCGAGGCUCUGCACGAGGUGGAUUUUCAGCAGCUGAAGAUCGAGAACAGCCAGUACCUGGAGAAGAUCGACGAGAGGAACCAGGACCUGCUGAGACUGAAACUGCUGGCUGGGAACACCCUGCAGGUCCUCAACACAUACAAGAAAAAGCUGCAGAAUAUGACCUCAGAGUCAAACAAUCUGACCAGCGAGCUUUUAUCAAGGAAGGAAAUGCUGAUGAAAAUAGCGGCUGAAACGAUACAGGUAGAGGAGGAGCGUUCCAAGGCUGAGACCGUGAACAAAAGGCUGCGAGGUCAACUGUCAGAUUACCGGGUCCCCAAUGUCCUGGAGUACGUCACUGGGAAAGCCAGCCACAGUGAUCUGGAGCAAAGUGUUCACAUCUGGGAGCGCAAGGUGGAGAUCUCAGAGAUGGCCCUGAAGACUCACAUGCAGACAUGGAACAAGCUGAAAAUGGCGAAUGGCAAAGCCCUGGACUGGCCUCAGUUGGCAAUUCUCCCCCAGAGACAAUAAACAUACCAGAAAGGACAUCAAAUCAUCAGCCAGAACGCAGAGCAAAAGAGCCAUUUUGUAACAAUUAAUUUGUUCAGGCCUUUAAAAAACAUAUAAUUUAUUGAGCAAUAUAUGGUUGGUCGUUAUGUUACUUGCUAUGGUCAAUGCAGACACUCAAUAACACAAGAAAUCAAAAUGAACGAUGGUCACUGUUACACCAGAUCACACCAGAUCCCCAUUCACAACAUGAAUUCAGUCUUACAUAAGCUCUUCAUGGUUACCUACAGCUGUAAACACUGGCCUAUCUAUUUAUGAUGUUUACGUAAUUCAUACUUACUAAAUCUCAAAUAUUAUAAUUCCAUAGAAAUAUGCAAUUACGUGACACAUCUCCUGAUAAGAAUAACUAUUUUUGUAUGUUUCAUCACAUAUAUAUUGUUUAUUUUGUAUUUACAUUGUUGGCCCUAUUCCUAUCAGAAGUUAUUAUCCCUGAAUGGACAUCCAAAUCCUUGGCAAGGGGGGGAAAACUGAUUUUCCAGUUGUCUUGAAACUACAUUCAGGAGAGUGAUCCAGGUGUUCGAGUGAGCUCGGUGGUAUCUGGCCAGUAGGGUUCCCUGUAGUGCGAGGAGGACAUACAGUCCCAGCUGAUUUUGCCUUCCUAAUCAAUAGGAGCACCAGAGCCAAUGGAACACUCCCGUGGGAUUCCCAGCAAGAGCCACUCUGGGACCUACCAACGACAUUCCAUAGCAUAGGUUAUUGAUAGUAUCAUAAUCUGGAGGUAAAAAGAGGCUGUCACAAUUACAUUUUUACAUAUAUGUAAAAAACAGCUUGUCCAAUUGUGAUUAAACUUGUAAAGGACCUUCAUUAGCACAGAUUGUUGAGUCUUGCAACAACGUCUCACCCGAAAGUUAUUUGUGGGUGAAUAGAGGUGUCCUGUUUGUCUUGUCAUAAAUCUGAUAGUUAGUACAUUGUUUAGCAUCAGAAGUAGCAACCCUAGCUUUCAUAAUAAUUAAAACAGUUUCAUGAAUGCCAAGCUUUAUUGAAUUAACCCACAGUUUUAAAAAAAAGUACUAGGUAGACUGAUGUUUAAGUUCCACAGUGAGUUACAGAUGAUUGUUUUAAGAACACUACCUGUGAUUAUCUUGAAGAAACUAUUACUGUUUGUAUGUUAUACAGUGCAAACGUACUGACUGCAAUAAACAGUAUAUGGGUAAAACCACCAAUGACCUGUG